CAGGCUGGUUCGCCGCCUCUUUGGAGCCCGCAGCGCCUCCCCUCCGAGGAACCUCAGAUGUCGCGCCUUUAUUAGCCUCGGCUCCAUUCAGGAGCCGCCUCUUCCUUGGGACUGAGCAAUUGUUCCGCAAGAAGCAAAGCGAACGGACCAGACAACGGGGCGAUGAUGCUGAGAUUCCUGUGGUCCGUGCUGCAGCUCUGGUUCUUGGUUCCUCUUUCGGUAUUUAUGCUAGUGCCGUAUAUCAGGAAGUAUUUUGGAGGAAGGGUGUGCAAGUCUACAGCACAACUGAAUGGAAAAAUUGUAGUGAUCACAGGAGCCAACACUGGUAUAGGGAAGGAAACCGCGCAAGACCUUGCAAGAAGAGGUGCAAAAGUCAUCCUUGCUUGCAGAGAUAUGGCAAAAGCAGAAAAGGCAGCCCAUGAAAUCCGGAUCAAGACGGGAAACCAAGGGGUUAUAGCAAAAAAAUUAGACUUGGCAGACACCAAAUCUAUCAGAGAAUUUGCCAGUAAUUUCUUGAAAGAGGAGAAAGAACUCCACAUACUCGUCAACAAUGCAGGUGUUAUGAUGUGCCCCUAUUCAAAGACAGCUGAUGGUUUUGAGAUGCAUUUUGGAGUCAACCAUCUUGGACAUUUUCUUUUAACGUUCCUACUAAUAGAGCGUCUGAAACAAAGUGCACCAGCUCGUAUUAUAAAUGUGGCUUCAGUGGCUCAUCAUAUGGGGAGCAUUCAUUUCAAUAAUCUCCAAAGUGAAAGGUUCUACUUCCGGGGCCUGGCAUACUCUCAUAGCAAGCUGGCCAAUAUUCUUUUCACACGGGAAUUGGCUAGACAUCUGCAAGGUACUGGUGUCACUGUGAAUGCUCUGCAUCCAGGUACAGUUUUGUCUGAACUUGUUCGUCAUUCCUUUACACUAAAAGUUUUGUGGAACAUAUUUUCUAUCUUCUUGAGGACACCUUGGCAAGGAGCCCAGACCAGCAUAUAUUGUGCGGUGGCAGAGGAACUGGAGACAGUCAGUGGAAUGUAUUUCAGUGAUUGUAAACCAGCAUAUGUGUCAUCUCAAGGACGUAAGGAUGAAACAGCAAAGAAGCUUUGGAAUGUGAGUUGUGAACUCCUUGAUAUCCAGUGGAAUUGACCUGCAAAGGCCAGCUACACCUGAAUCCCAUAUUUUGUAUACAAGACUAUGAAAAAGUGUUGCUUUCAUGUAAUUUUCAUACUUGAUAGGACAUGUCCAUUUUUAAUAAAAGUGUUCAUCUCAGCUUUUCCAUUAAAAUAGAAGCUCAAGCAAUUGUUUAGUGUAUGGAACUAACCAUGAUAAUACCAUUCUGAAGAUCUCCUGGUUCCCCCCACAAAAAACCUUAGUUUUUCUGGUUUUUGCAUGGCAGUGUGAACUAUGAUUUGUUUGGUGUGGUUUUACACAGCAUUCUGGGCUAAAAGUUUGCUGCUUCAUUUGUGAUUCAGCAUGCUACGAUUAAUGCCAGGCUACAAAAUUACAUCAGUUAUCUUGUUUUGAAAAUUUUAAGAUGUUUACAGUGUGGUUUUGGUGACUUGGUUUCUUUCAUUUGUUGAAAUUUGUUUGUGGCUACAUAUUUAACAAAAAAUGAUAUUACAGAUCAAAACACCAACUUGCCCAAAUUCUUUAUUUUCUCAAUGAGAGUUUAACACUUUUGUUCAUUGGAAGUUUAGAAUUCCUCCAUUGCAAUUUAGUACAGGAUAGUUCACAGGACAGGUUUUGCUGGUGAGAAAGGGAUCCUUUAAAAAUCCUAAAGAAUCCGAGUAACUAACAAUAUAAAGUGCAUAAAAUGCAGUGCAAAGAGUGGCCCCAACAAUCGUCUCAAUUUUCUCUCCCCCACAAGUCGUUCCUUUCUUCCCUUUGGAAGAUAUUGAUGAGAAGAACUUGGAGAUGAAAGUACAAGCCAUAUUGCACACUCAACUCAAUAGGCAGUAUAGCUUAACACAGAGAGGAUAAUGAAUUCUGUUUUUUUCUUACUUCUGGAAGAAAUAAUCAAAGUCACAGAAAGUCUAGUCAGACUAUUACCUGGGACUCAUGGCAGUUGAGCUCGAUAGACAGCAAAAGCAGAGUUUAUAACUCUUAGAUUCCUAAUAGGAUAAUCUCCAAGAACCAAAAGGUAUGAAAAGAUAGAAGCUAAAUAUAGCCCUCCCCAGUUACUUAACCUCAAAGUUAUUUCUGGCUGCCAAAUCCAAUGAAUUAAGGAUUACUACACUUGUAGGUGUGAAAUAUGGCUGCUGUUUCCCUGGAAAGGAUAGCUUAGACCGUUUGCUGAAAUUAGUGGCAACGGAUGAUGUUCGUCUAUUUAAAAAAAAAGAAAACCUCAAAGAUAAAACCAUCCUGAAUAAUAUCUUACAACCAAUACAAUUUUGAUAACAGUUUGAAUUUUUCAAAUUAAAAAUGUCAUCAAUUACA